AUGGCGCACAACGCCGCAGUCAUCGGCUCCACCGGCCUCGUGGGUUCCCACAUCCUCGGAAACCUCAUCACCUCGGAAGCCUUCGCCGCCGUCAACACAAUCUCCCGCCGCCCCCCCAAAGCCGGCGGCCUGACCCUCAAGCCCGUCAUCGAGCAGGACACAUCGGCCUGGCCCCCGAAGCUCGCCGCCCUGCAGCCCACCCCCACCGUCGUCUUCUCCGCCCUCGGCACCACCCGCGCGGCGGCCGGCAGCAUCGCCGACCAGUGGAAGAUCGACCACGACCUCAACGUCGAGCUCGUCAAAGCCGCCAAGGCCGCCGGCUCCAAGGCCUUCAUCUUCAUCUCGAGCGGCGGCACCCGCGGCGCGCUGAGCGCUCAGGCGCCCUACAGCAAGAUGAAGAACGGCGUCGAGGACGCCAUCAAGGAGGCCGGGUUCGACCACGGCAUCAUCCUCAAGCCUGGUCUGAUCUUGGGCGCGCGCGAAGAGAGCCGCGCCGGCGAGGGCGUGUUCCAGUCCGUCGUUCGCGGGCUGGGUAUGCUGCACCGGGGAGCGCAGGAUACGUUUGGCCAGGAGGCCGAGGUGAUUGCCCGCGCUGCUGUGCACGCUGCCGUCCUCGUCGAGCAGGGCAAGGCGCCUGCCGGUCUGUGGGUCAUUGAGGCGCCCGAGAUUGUGAGGCUUGGGCGGACCGAGUGGAAGCACGGCGCCUGGCCCCGGUCUUAG